AUAAAUAAAUAAAUAUUAAAAAAAAAAAAAGACCUUUAGGUACCAGUGGGUUAGCCCAAUAAAGAUGUUUACCAUAACAUUGGAAAUUAGAGCCUAGAGCUAAAAAAAAAUAAUAAGUCAGGCCUUGAGAUACUGAUUUUUGAUCAGUAGAGAAAUAAUAUUGAAAACACUAGUGUUGGAUGGGUAAUAACAUUCUUGAGAGAGUCAAGAAUGAAGAGAGAAGAUGGUUAAGGAUCACACUUUGGGAGGACAGCCACCUUUAAGGGUUGUGGAGAAAUGGGUGAAAUCAACUGAAAAGAAACAAAUAGGAAAAAAAACAAAGCCAGGCAGUUAAUUCUCAUGAAAAUCAAACGAAGGGAAGGAUUUCGUUAAGGGGUGGCCAAUAAUGUCAUUCGUUUGGAGGACUAAGAGGAGUUGGCUGGGUUUGGCAAUUAAAAGCUCAGUGUUGACCUCUGAGGAAUUUUUUGGUAGGUAGCACGCAGAAGCUGUAUUGUGAGAGGGGAAGAAAUUAGUUAAUCCGAAUAUUCCUUUUGGAAUCACUCAAGAUAGAAUUUAACUUAGAGUUGCAAUAGAUCUUAGUUAAGAACUCCGUUGUUAAUUUUUUCAUAAACAUGCUAAAUGGGAAUUAUGUAUUAGCUCUUAGAAAGUUUCAUAAGAAUUGAAAAAGAUUUUUCCAGAGUAUUCAAGAUUCUACAAAUUCUUUAAUGAUAAUAAAGAACCCAAACCCUUGAAAUCAGCUGUCAUAAAUGUUAUCUGAAAUACAGAGAUCGUUAACUAUUUAAACUCAUUUUGCAGGGUGUCAUGUACAUAUGGGCACUUAAUAAAUGCUAUUUGGAAAGAGUUGUUUCUCUAAUAUCCAUUAGAAAGAACCAGCUACAAUAAUCAAUUGACGGGCUUCUAGGAGUGGCUUCUAAGAGUCCGAAGCUGUGUGUCACCCAGUGUAAACUAUAGAGUAUAGAGACAGCAAGCUCAAGGAAGAAUCGGGCCCGGGAAUAACUUAAGUAAAAUGCAGAAAACCUAAACCAAACCAUCCGCCUUCAAAACGGUACAUACUGAGUCCUUACUCACUGUAGGGUUUUUGUGGUCCUUAAAUGCAUACGGCAAGAUAAUUUAUGAUGAAAUAACUGUUAGGAGUCAUAGAUUUCUUUGAGAGUCUAAAAAUAGCCAUGACUCUUCUCCUUAGAAAAAUGCACAUUGUACUAACAAAACUUUGCCUUUGUGAACCCCUCAUUAAAAAUGUAUGCUUUAUGAAGGCUUUUAUACAUAUAAAUAAUUUAACUUUCCUGGGUGGUAGUUAAAAAUGUAGUAUAUACUCACUCUUCCCUAAUUUCAUGUAUAAGCAAUUUUGUACAUCAUACUGUCUCUAAGGACUUCACCAUUAGUGGGAGUUCUAUGUGAAUUAGGAAGGCUUAAUUCUUUUCUUUUGUUAAUAUAACGUAGUGUUACCAGGUGUGAUAAUAGGUACCUAUGAUAGAAACUUGCUCAAAGUAAGUGCUAGAUAAUUCUUUGUUGAAUAAAUGAAUAUGUGACUUUGAGUUCAAACGCCUUCAUUUUAAUAAUACUUUAUGGAUGUUUAUUUAUUUAUUUUGAGAGAGAGACAGAGCGUGAGCAGGGGAGGGGCAGAGAGAGAGGGAGACCGAGGAUCUGAAGUGGACUCUGUGCUGACAGCAUAGAGCCUGAUGCGGGACUCAAAUUCUCCAGCCAAACUGUGAGAUCACGACCUUAGCUGAAGUCAGAUGUUUAACCGACUGAGCUGCCCAAGGGCCUGGGUAGUUUUUAAGGUUAAGGAUUGGGGAGUGGCUUAUUUGCUUGGUUCUAGCUCAGGGAUUUUUGUGAGGCUGCAGUCCCCUGAAGGCUUGAUUACGGCUAGGGGGUAGGGGGGAAGGGUCUGUCUUCUAGAUAGCUCAGACACAAGACUGUUGGCAAGAUGCCCUGUUUUCUUGCCUGAAAGGCCUCUCUGCAUAGUUACUUGAGUGUACUUAUGACAUGGUGGUUGGCUUCCUUGGAGAGAGUGACCCAAGAGGACGAGAUCAAGCAAACAGUUUCUGAAGUUCUACAUCAUCACUUGAGUUUUAUACUAUUUGUUAUAAGUGAGUCAUUAAGUCCAGCCCACACACAAAGGGAGAGGGGAAUUAGGUUCCACCUUUUGAAGGGAGGAAUAUAAACUAAUUUUCAGACAAGAAAGAAAAUGGACAGGUACUAAAUGCAUUGUAACAGAUAAGAAGGCCUUGUUACUUUGGUGCUUGGGUAGCGUUUGAGAGUAAGGGCUCUUAGAGUCAGUGUUUGGGUUCAAAUCCUGGCCCUGCCUCCCAUUAACUCGAUGACCUUGCUCACGGAACCUUAGAUCCACAUCUAUAAAAUGAGCACAAUGGUAAUAUACAUUUCACAGAAAUGUAGAGAGGAAUAUAUGAAAAAAGUGAAGGUAAAGCAUUUAGCAUAGUAGCUUUUAUUUUCAGAGUCCGAAGUGCUAACCAUUACACCAUGGAACUACUAGCUUUUAUUUCAACAAGAGUUAGCUAUUUAUCGGGGGCCUGGGGCUUCUGGGUGGCUCAGUUGGUUAAGCAUCCAACUUCAGCUCAGGUCAUGAUGUCCGUGGUUGUGAGUUCAAGCCCUGCAGCAGGCUGUCAGGCUCUGUGCUGACAACUUACAGCUCGGAGCCUGGAGCCUGCUUUAGAUUCUGUCCCUCUCUCUCUCUCUCUCUCUCUCUUUAAUAUAAAAAAUAAACAUUAAAAAAUUUUUACAAAAAAAGAGUUAGCUAUUUAUCUUUUUUCCCUUGCUAAUAUAGAGCAGUAACUUUAGUAUAGGAGAUACCUUUCUGUAAUGUUAUUAGCAGAAUGUGAAUUUGCUCUAAAGUGUCUACCAUGCUAACCUAUCUAUUCUUACUCAGUUUUUUAUUCUGCUUAUUAAUACCUGCUUAAUCUUGAAGACUUGAGAAAUGCAGAUGAAUGUGUGUGAAUGUGUGUGUAUACUAUACACGUAUACAUAUUAUAUAUACAUACAUUCACAUGUACUACAUGGUUUGGGUCAUAUUGUGUGGAACAAAUACAUAUGUAAUUAAAUCUUGGCACAUUUAUAUUUUUACUAUUUUACUGUGUUGUUAAAAAUUCUUCAAACGUGGCUCAGUUGGUUAGGUAUCUGGCUCUUGAUUUCGGCUCAGGUUAUGAUCUCAUGGUUUAUGAGUCCAAGCCCUGCAACAGGCUCCGAGCUGACAGUGUGGAGAGCCUGCUUGGGAUUCUGUCUCCUUCCCUCUCUCUGCCCCUCCUGCGCACGCUCUCUGUCUCUCUCUCUCUCUCUCUCAAAAUAAGUAAACUUUAAAAAAAAAGUACUAAAUUUUAAAAAGAAAAUAAUAAAAAAAUAAAAAAUAAAAAACAAAUGGACCAAAAAUAGUUAAGUGUUGGCAAAGAUGUGGAGAAACUAGAACCUUCAUACAGUGCUGGUUUGGGAAUGUAAAAUGGUACAGUCACCAGGAAAAACAGCUUGACAAUUCCUUAAAAAAAAAAAAAUUCUUCAAAUCAUUUUUAAUGGAGCAAUCAAUCCAUUGAGUGUCUUCCAUUUCUUCAGGCUAGGCCCUGGAAAUGAAACUCCUGGGUCAGAAUACAUGAACCUCUUUUAGAUUCUUGAUAUAUAAUGCCACACUGCUUUCCUGAAAGUUUGUACCAAUUUAUAUUUCCAGCAGCAGCUUUUCCUUACUUGCUAUUUCCAAUAUAGUAUUUUUAGUUUGCAAAAAAUAUUGGUGGCUCUUGAAAGUCUGGUUUCAGUAGCAAGGCAGAAUUGCAUUAAAGCCCAAGGAAUUGUGUUUUUACAAGAACUUUAAAUAUGUAGGAAUACUUUCCAGUCUUUCUGAAUUGAUUUCUGUUGUUACACACACACACACACACACACACACACACACACACACACACACACACAGGAAUACUGUGAAGUAUUAGGUAGGAAUACAUACAGCUUCUCUUCUCUUGGAACUUAAAAUAUAAGGCGAGGUAAAUACAUAUAAUUAAGAUGUACAAAGAGUAAAAUAAACGCUAUUGACUUCUUCAGAUAUAUCUCAGGAUGCAAAUCGUGAGGUAAAAGUUAUAUAUCAUACUUCAAACUGACUCUUUUGUUGUGUAUUCCUCCUUGAGCCCAAGUUAACCUGUUGCCUCCAGAAAAAAUAAGCUUCUCUUUCUUUUUAAAUACAUGAAAAACUACUGAUUGAUAGGAGUAGACAUUCAAAUUUAUUAUCAAUUUCAGUGAUUUGCCUAAAGCCAGGAAUUGCUUCUUGGUUUUCCUUAUCAUCCCCCACCUGGAAACUGUCUCAGUUUAAGAUGCUGCUUAUCAGUAGAUGAUCCUUGUUUUAAAUUGACUAGAGAUUUAAAAAGCUACCACUCAUAUAGUCCCUUUUGUCCAACAGGUGAAAGUUUACCUAAUGCAAGAAAGAUCCUUAUUGAGUUUAAGGGGAGUUGUACUCUGGAAAUGGCAUAUAAGUUCUUUUAUGGGAGGGUGGGUAUCAUGGUGGAAGGGCUAGGACAAAGCUCCAAGAGAAUAAAUGAGUAUAUAAAUGAAAAAAAAAAAAAAAAGUCAUGGGCUAUGCAAGUCUAUUCUAAAAUUGCACUGACAUGUUGGGCAAACUUUUGCCAAAUAUUGCAUUAAUAUUACCACUGGAAAACUUUUUUUCCCCUCGGAUUAUCAGCACAGUUCAUUCGAUUCAGAUCAUAAAAAUUGUACCUUAAAUUUGUAACUGCCAAAUUUUUUUUUGGUGUGUAUUUAGCCAAUACUUAUUGAGCACUUACUCUGUAGGAGGCACUGUUUUAUGUAAAUUUUAUGUAGAAACAACUUAAGGGCAACAUUUUGUUUCAAACUUAGGUUCUGAAAUUUUGAAACCAGGGAAGCAUUUUUUGUUGUUGUUUUAAUGAAGAUUCAUCUGAGUCAUUUUAUUGGUUUGAUUUUGUGUUGUCAAUAAAUUUAAAAUCACUAAAUGGCAAUUUAUCUCGCUCUUCUAUUGUAUUUUAGCAUGUACUUAUUUGUUUCUAUGAAAAAGAUUUUUAAAAGUAGAUGAUACAAAUGAAUACGUUUGUUUCCAAAUGAACCAAACAGAAAUGAAAGGGUAAGAAGAGAAUUUCAUGACUAGCAAAUUGGGGAAGGAUAAUCUAAUCUCCCAGAGGUUGGCAAAUUCUGUUGUUUACUAAUAAAUACCUGUUUAGUGUGCUCUUUAACACUGCUGUAGAGGAAAAAAGACGAAGCCAGCCUCUUAAAGUAGUUGUAAACGACUUAACUUUCCAAGUAAAGCUUUUAGAAUAUUUUGUAGGUAUGCCUUUUUUGUUGUUGGUAUUCCUGUUUUAAAGUGCAGCUUUUUGAAGUGGACGGGUUACAUGUUGCAUAAGCUUUGAAACGGCCAAAACAAGUUAAAUAGCCACCUUUAUUUACAGCUGUUGGACUAGGUAUUAGAUCUCUUCCAGGAAGAAAAUUUGAUUAAUGGCUUUUUUCCAAAGUGGGGACAAUUGCAGACUUUUCUUCCGCAGAGCGUGAAAUGUGCCUCUUCCUGCCGACGGGCCUUGUCCUAGCCGCGGCUACCGGGGCGGUUUCCAGCCUCAGGUGUCUCUCGCCGUGGGCCGCGGCCGCUCUCCGGGGCGGGCGUCCGGGACUUCCUGUCUGAACGCGGGGCGGAAGGAUCGCGUUGCCAGCCGAGGCGGCCGCCGCCGCCGCCGCCGCCCCUGCCGUUAGGUGGUGGGGUUUCUCAGCCCCGCGGCGGGAGGCGGGCCGGCCUCGGCUUCCUGUCGGAGGACGCGCAAGGAUCCGGGCGUCUGAGUGUGUGCGAGUGCGUGAGUGUGUGUCGGUCGCACGGCGUGUAUCUCCGGCCGUGGGUUCCGCCUCCUCCCCUGCUGCCGCUGCUCACGGUGUAAGUCAAUGUGAAGCAGCAGCUCCAGCCCCGGGAUAAACAUGGCGACGUCUCUGCAUGAGGGACCCACGAACCAGCUGGAUCUGCUCAUCCGGGCUGUGGAAGCAUCAGUUCAUAGCAGUAAUGCACACUGUACAGAUAAGACCAUUGAAGCUGCUGAAGCCCUGCUUCAUAUGGAAUCUCCUACCUGCUUAAGGGAUUCAAGAAGUCCUGUGGAAGUGUUUGUCCCUCCUUGUGUAUCAACUCCAGAAUUUAUCCAUGCUGCUAUGAGGCCAGAUGUCAUUACAGAAACCGUAGUGGAGGUGUCAACUGAAGAAUCCGAACCAAUGGAUACCUCUCCUAUUCCCACAUCACCAGACAGCCAUGAACCAAUGAAAAAGAAAAAAGCUGAAAGGGCUUCGCAGAUUACCACAUCCUCUGCAAUAGUUGGCCGUAAACCAAAGACCCAGCAAUCACCAAUUUCCAAUGGGUCUCCUGAGUUAGGUAUAAAGAAGAAACCCAGAGAAGGCAAAGGAAACACAACCUAUUUGUGGGAGUUUCUCUUAGAUCUACUUCAAGAUAAAAAUACUUGUCCUCGGUAUAUUAAGUGGACUCAGAGAGAAAAAGGCAUAUUCAAGCUUGUGGAUUCCAAGGCUGUCUCUAAGCUUUGGGGGAAGCAUAAGAAUAAGCCAGAUAUGAACUAUGAAACUAUGGGACGAGCUCUGAGAUAUUAUUACCAAAGGGGUAUUCUUGCAAAGGUUGAAGGACAGAGGCUUGUGUAUCAGUUCAAGGAUAUGCCCAAAAACAUAGUGGUCAUAGACGACGACAAAAGUGAAACUUGUAAUGAAGACUUAGCAGCAGCUACUGAUGAAAAAUCAUUAGAACGAGUGUCACUGUCUGCAGAAAGUCUCCUAAAAGCAGCAACCUCUGUUCGUGGUGGAAAAAACUCCUCUCUAAACUGCUCCAGAGCAGAGAAGGGUGUAGCUAGAGUUGUGAAUAUCACUUCCCCUGGUCACGAUGCUCCAUCCAGGUCCCCUACUACUACCACAUCUGUGUCAGCAACGGCAGCUCCAAGGACAGUUCGUGUCGCAAUGCAAGUACCUGUUGUAAUGACAUCGUUGGGUCAGAAAAUUUCAACUGUGGCAGUUCAGUCAGUUAAUGCAGGUGCACCGUUAAUAACCAGCACUAGUCCAACAACAGCAACCUCUCCAAAGGUAGUUAUUCAGACAAUCCCUACUGUGAUGCCAGCCUCUUCUGAAAAUGGAGACAAAAUCACCAUGCAGCCUGCCAAAAUUAUUACCAUCCCAGCUACACAACUUGCACAGUGUCAACUUCAGACAAAGUCAAAUCUGACUGGAUCGGGAAGCAUUAACAUUGUUGGAACCCCGCUGGCUGUGAGAGCACUUACUCCUGUUUCCAUAGCCCAUGGUACACCUGUAAUGAGACUAUCGGUGCCUACUCAGCAGGCAUCUGGCCAGACUCCUCCCCGAGUUAUCAGUGCGGUCAUAAAAGGGCCAGAGGUAAAAUCAGAAGCAGUGGCAAAAAAGCAGGAACAUGACGUGAAAACUUUGCAGCUGGUACAAGAAGAAAAACCAGCAGAUGGAAAUAAGACAGUGACCCACGUAGUGGUUGUCAGUGCACCUUCAGCUAUUGCCCUUCCCGUAACUAUGAAAACGGAAGGACUAGUGACGUGUGAGAAAUAAAAUAGCAGCCCUACCACGGACUUAAGACUGUUAGUGAUAGUACUAACAUAAAUACUUGCAAGGGAGGUCAUCAAGAAGAGUCAAAAGAAGACUUUAAAACAUUUUUAAUGCAUAUAAGAAAACAAUCAAACUUACUGGAAGUAAAUUACCUAUCCCAUGUUUCAGUGGGAAAUGAACUACAUACGGAGAUGCUGACAGAAAACUGCCUCUUACAGUAGGAAACAACUGAACCCAUCAAUAAGGAAAAGGAUUGAAAAGGGACCAAGCAACUCACUACAAUAUCAAGUUACACUAAGACUUGGAACACUAACAUUCUGUAAGAGGUUAUAUAGUUUUCAGUGGGGAGGGGUUGGGAUGGGUGAUCUCAUUGUUACAUACAGCAAUUUUUGAUGCAUUUUAUAUGCAUACCAGCAAUUAUUACUGUGUUCACACAGAACUCACUUAACUGGUGCUACGUGAAGACUGCUAAUAUAGGUAUUUUAGAAUGUGAAUUGAAAAUGGAUCCAAAAGCUUUUCAGAAAGAUAGCAAAAAAGAUCUAGUGCGAUUUUUUUUUUUAUAUCAUAUAGCUUAAGCUGAUUUAAAACAAAGGCCUUAGACUAAUUUUCAGUUUUCUUUAUCGAAAUAAGCUAAUGGCUUGUUUGUGUAAAGCUUUUUUAUUAAAAGAAAAAUUUUAAAAAUCUUGUACCUAGCACAGUAUUGUUAUAGAAUUUACAUGUAACAUUUUAUAUGGUAGUUUAAGUCUGUCAGUUUCCUAAUUGUGGACAAAUUAACAGUUGCUCUGGCCUUUUGCUGUAACCUGCCUGUGUCACUCACUUAGCCCUGGCAUCUGUGCAGACAUAUCAGUUCCAGUUCUACUGUCACUUGGAAGUUCAGGCUCAGCAUGAAUUUUUGUCAGGUAGCUCUAAUACCUGGUGUUUUUGUUUUUUUCCUUCCUUCCUUUCUUUUCUUUCUUUCUUUCUUUUUUUUUAGUUGAAGUUUAAGAGGGAAAGUACCAGUGUUCAGAUUUGAACUAUAAUAGUUUGUAUAUUCAACAUUUGAAGUAUAUUCUAUUUUGUUGUACUCUUGUUUCAAAGUGUAUUCAAGUAGGUUUUCUGAAAUAUAGAAAUGAAAUUUAUGUUGUGGUUUGGUGUCUGGUGAUAUUUAUAAUAUUCAAAAGCUAGUAUAGAGACACUGUUUUAGUUAAGUAGUAGAAGUCUUAUUUCUCCUUCCCAACUACCGUGUGAAGAAAUAUUCCUUCUGUUUUGUUUCAUUACAUUAAUAUUUGCAAGUAUCUGCAUGUUGCCACUUAAUUUCUAAUUACUGUCAUGAACUAUAAUGUUCUACUUACCGUGAUGAGUUUAUUAUUUUAAUGUUGGCCACACGUAAAGAAUUUCUAUUUCAAAUCAGACCAGUUAUUUCUCAAACAGACCUUUUGAGGGUUAGGAUGAACAAGUAAUAUUCUUGCCCUUUUGCAAAUUAGGAAAUGGAGGUAGGUACCAGAGGGAUUACAGGAGUUUCCUAAUUUCACACCAAACUAGGUCCUAGGACUCCACAUCUUCAUGUUCUUUCUACUACAAAGAAAAGUUGUCUAUUUUUACAUCUUUUAGAAAUUUAAAUAAACUGAUACUUAAUAUUU